AUGAGCGAACGGCGCGGUCACGGCGGUCUCGAGCUAACCACGUCGCACGACGUUCGUGCGCGACCCGAUGCGGGGAGCGGUCAGCCCUCCGGGGUUUCCGCGGCGUCUCGAACGAGCACGACGACGGUGAUCGGUCGACACGAGCACACGAUAAGCGGUUACUCGCUCUUGAAAGGAAUCGGCGAUGGCGAACCAAUCGCGAGCGAUAGAUUCAUGGUCGGGGGGCACGAGUGGGUGCUUCUCUUUUAUCCAGACGGUAAACGAUCGAUGAGCGACGGCGGAGCGCCGCCUACGCAGCAAGAUGAUCCGUACGCAGCACUCUUCGUGGCGCUCAUCGGAGAAGGACCGCGCCCGCUCGGAGUGGUCCAGAGCGGUCAGGGUCGCGUCGUUAGAGCAUUUCACAGGUUCACCUUGGUUGAUCAGAGUGGUAAUGGUCGGCACAUCACCAAAGGGCGUCAGCGCGAACAAGGCGCGGUGAAAAUAUCGUGCGCGCGUCAAGACCCACAAGCGAGAAACUGCCAUGGAUACAGAAAAUUUGUUCGCCGGUCCGUCCUGGAGGCUUCCGGCUCGGGGUACCUGGUAGACGACGUGGUCGUGAUUCGGUACGAAAUUGAACUCGUCGUCACGAACGGCGGAGCGCUGAAUAAGAACGCCAAGCUGCUCCCGGCAGCGAGCGUUAACGUACCGUCGUAUCCGACUAUUGGUAAACAUCUUGUCGGACUCCUUUACGACCGCAACGAUGAAACUUUUGACUGUACUUUUGACGUCGAAGGGGAGAAGUUUCGCGCUCACAAACUCAUUUUGUCUUCACGAUCGAGCGUGUUCGCCGGCAUGCUGCGCACGGGCGCCGCGAUGAAGGAAGGUCGAGAGGGCGUGUUGAAGUUGAACGACGUCAAAGCGGAUGUUUUCAGGCUGUUACUUCACUUUGUGUACGCGGAUGAGAUUCCACGCGGCGGUGGCGCCGAGGCUAGUUUAUACGAGCACACCGCUCGCCUCGGCGCAGAAGAAGCACCCGGUGCCGCUGGUGAUGAGUUGACUACCAGGAAUGGUCGCGCUUCUGAUGAAUUGGCGCUGGACGUCCCCAUGACGCAACACUUGCUCGUCGCCGCUGACAAGUUUGAUUUGAGCAGACUUCGCGCAAUGUGCGAAGCGCGACUGUGCGAUUCCGUGGAUAUGAGUACCGUGGCGAACACGCUCCUGCUCGCUGAGCUGAAUCACGCGUACGCCUUGAAACGCGCGUGUAUGGGUUUCAUCGCGGCGAACUUGUCGGACGUGAUGAGCACGGAAGGUUACGAAGCCAUGAACACAGCUUGUCCUCAUUUGGCGAGCGAGAUAUUGAGCGCUGUCGCAGAAAUGCGUCCUCUUCGUCCGCAAGGCGCCCCUCUCGCUCUUCCUCAAGACACCGGGACGGCGAUUCAAAGCGCAGCAGCGGCAAAUCCGGCCACUGCAGCCGCUUUCGCCACCGCCGCGGCUGCCGCGGCCCGACCAGAUCGUGAUAUCGCUCAAGGCGGAGUCCUCGCCGUGCCUCCGACUGUGGCGCACGAUUUGACAAAUCUCUCCUUUCCGGCGAUGUCGACGCUAUCAAAUUUUUUGUCUCGCGCGGUGCAGCCACCUACCCAAGCGCUGGAUCAUCCGCCGCCGUCGACGCCGCACGCGGCAACGCUGGUGAACAACGCCGGUGAGGAAGCUCAGCGCGAAGUUGCCGCCGCCAUGGCAGCGCGACAUGCUCAGCGCGGCGGCGAUAUCGCCAACGUGGUAGACGACAGCCUCCUUCUCUUCGCCUCGCCUCAAGCGCAACGAGUGCCGUCGGAAGCACCCGCACCGGUGCGCGAAGGCGACGAAAUCGCGGGCGGGAACGACGGGCAAGAAGGCCGUCGAGUGCGACCGCGAAGAUGA